UCUCACUCUCCCCCUUUCUGGCAGGGAGCAGGCUCCGCUCACUGAAUGGCUGGGAGUGUUGAGGAUAGGAGGAUCACUAGGCAUAAAGAGCCUCACUGAUGCUUUGGUGGGAGUUGGUGCUCAUACUUACAGUCUCUCUCUUUGUUUCUUUCUCUCUGUGUGUAUUCUGAGUGCUCCACACCCAUGUUGCUGCUGUAGACAGCAGCUUCAGACUCUUGGCUUACUGGAUGGAGGCGCAGGGAGGGGCAGGUAGCCCAGAUCCCAACAAAGAUAUCCAGAGACUACUGAAGCCCUCCAGCUCAGGAGAACUAUCUAAAGAGCCUACCCAUCAUCCCCCAGGCGAGGAGGAGGGAGUUAUCCUGGGACACACAUCAGGGCUGCUGCAUGUCUCUGAGAGAAGACAGCCCCUGAGUAGUGUGUCUUCCCUGGAGGUGCACUUCGACUUGUUAGACCUGACAGAGCUCACAGACAUGUCUGACCAGGAGCUGGCUGAGGUUUUUGCUGAUUCUGAUGAAGAGAACUGCAACGAGUCACCUGCAAGUCACCACCACCAUCCCCCUCCGCUGCACCGGGGCGGCUAUAUGCGCUCUCCCUCAUGGACACGCUGCAGUAAGGGUGAGCCUACAAGGGACAGAAAGCACCACAGCGACUCAGACAGCGCUGACCCGCACCGCAAACUGGAGCGGCCCAAACAGCCCUGAGAACAGUAGCACACACUGGAAUGGCCCAAAGGAAACACAACACUGAAGGACAAACAAUGCUGGGCCACUUGGACAUACUGACCAAUGGUGCUAAAGACACUAAAUUGUGCUCUCCCUAUUGCAUCCAUAUGAACCAUAUAACUACAGAAGAUUAGGGAGAAAUACAGACUGAUACUGACAAAUAUCUAUGUCCACUUUGAGUUAGGCCUAUAACAUCUCAAGGGUGUACUUUUGACAGAGUACUGUGGCCACUUUUUUGGCAUUAUAGAAAUUCAGUUUAUCACAAUGUUGCAUAGGCAGAGAGGAGCUAAACUUUGAGAAAAGGCAAGAAAAAAAAGGCCAGAUCAAGAAGAACAGAGAAACCAUAUCAUUUUCAUCUGUUUUUGAGUGACAAGCAGAAAAAAAACUAAUCACUGUAUAAUUUAUUGCCUUUAAAAAGUAACAAUGAUCUACCACAAUGAGUGACUGUAAACAUGCACCAUUAGCAAGGCAGAGGAGAACCUAAGCAAAGCCUCUAGCUUGACUGUGUUGUGAGACAUGGAUUCCCAUAAACUCAGACCUCAGAUGCCAAGUUUUUCCACAAACAUUUCUUUCAACACUGUGUACUCCAUCAAUAACACAUUUUAAUCCUUCAGAAAAUAAAGAUUUACAAAAGCAAAUGGUUACAAAAUAAAUUUCCGGUUUCCAGGCAAAAAAUACUCUAUGAUACAUGAAGCUUUCUUUUAAUCUCUAGGCUUUGGAAAUUUAAAAUCCUAUCAGAUUUCAGCCCUGCACAAUAAGAAUUAUAUGAGAACUUUGAUCUGGUCUUUGUUGGGACUUGGGAUUCCUUAACUAAUGCUAAAAUCUCCAGAAUAUCAGAAGCAUUUCAGGUUUCAGGAGAACAAUGUCUGGGGUGUUCUGUGCAAAUGUGAAACCCGUUUUUAAAAAAUUACAUGAUUUUUUUUUUUUUUGCCAUUAAAAGCUGUUACUCUAAUGAAGCCUGUUGGUAAUUAGCCUAACAAUAUAAGCCAAUGUGUUGUUCCUGUUGUUGAAAAUACAAUUACCAUCAGUCAUCAGCAGAGACUUAAUACUGAGACCAUAGCAGUAAAUAAAAACAUAAUUGCUUUUUCUUGAAAACCAAAUUGUAAAGUUUCUCACUGCUAUAAUGACUAUACUGAGUUUAAAUGAAUCAAGCUAUUUUGUAUUGAUCACUUUUUUAAGUACAAUGCACAUUUUAGUGCUAUCUCAGCCCUUAAUGACCAGAGCUCAACACAUCACCUGCUUACAAGCACAUUCAUGUAUAUCAAUGAGAUGGAUCAGAGCAAAGAAAAUACUGCUGUGCAGCUAUUCAAGGAACUUCUCAGAGUAAGUUUGCUGUUCUGGGAUCACAUGAUAUCUUUUCCAUAAUACUGAAUAGAAUAACAUGAAACCUUAUAUUAAAUCAGUGCUACUAAUAUGAGAUGCUUGACAAAUAUGAAUGCAGGGAUUCGGAUAAAUAGAAAAAGAAAAAGAAAGAAAAACAAACAAACAAACAAAAAAA